AUGCCGCCAUGGGACCCACUCGUUCCCGUUGAACGCCAUAUCCAAAGCGGCCUUGCCCAUCUACCGCCAUGGCUCAGCAGAUGGCUUGGCUAUCGCGGCGGAAAAUCCAUGGCACCUUCUCCAUCAUGGAUGGUAUGCUUCUAUGGCUUCAUUGGUGCCUUCGGAGGUCUGAGCAUCAUCAUUGCCAUCUUUGCUCAUACCGAGUAUUUCACGAUACGCCUGGUACCGCCUAUAGUGGCUUCAUUCGGUGCUUCUGCGAUUCUCUGCUACGGUGCCAUUGACGUUCCGCUUGCACAACCACGCUCCCUCAUAUUUGGGCAUUUCUUCAGUGGCCUGGUGGGUGUAAUAGUUGCGACUAUCUUCCAAUUUAAUCUCCAGGAUGACCCGUUUCCACGACUGCAGUGGCUUGCGGCCAGCCUAGCCACAGCUAUUGCGCUUGUUGUCAUGCACCUCACAAAAACCACUCAUCCACCAGCUGGAGCGACUGCACUACUGCCCUGCAUCGAUCAGCAUAUAUGGGCGCUGAGGUGGUACUUCCUCCCCGUACUUCUGCUCUCUUCUGCAAUUGUACUCGUCACUGCGUUGAUGGUCAAUAACCUCCAGCGACAAUAUCCGAAAUUCUGGGUCGCCCAGCUUCCACCACCCCCGGCGCCGAAGGACGACCAACAUCAACACCGCAAACCGCCGAUGGCGGAGGAGUCUUCAGUUGGUAGCCCGCAGCGCACUUUGAGCGACCUUGAAAGCGGUCUGCAAUGA